AAGGAACACUGGGUAGGGUAAAAGUAGUGCGGCACGGCAGUUAUGGUCGGCUAUUGGAGGUGGUAGGCGGAACUGCGGCAGCGAAGAGAGGAGGAAUCAGUAACAAUCACAAUAAACCCAAGUUACGUGCAUCGUUGCUGUCGCUCGCUGUAAGGUCCAGGGCCGCCCUGACGGCGCAUGUAUAGAGCCCUGGAUAAGGAAGAUGCAUCCGCGGUAGAGUCGGUGGUGAUUCGCGCGUGAGUCGAAGUGUCAUGCUCGCCUUUAGACGGCAGCGCCGAUAGAAAGCGCAAACAUUGCCGAACGACGCGCAGCUGAAGAAAGAAAAUGAACGGCCCCGAUCAGAUUGAGGGGUUAAGUUGUCCGCCCGAUUCGCGAUACAGCGGCGUGAGUGAGUGUAUGUGAAGUGUGCAGCAGGCGUGUGACGGUCUGACAGUUUCUCGACUUUCCCGACCCGUCGUGGACUCGACGUAGUUGGCCGUGUUUUCCUAUUUUCCCUAAUCGCAGAGGCGAGGAGUGUCCGUUCGGUGCCGCCGGCCUGGUCAAGCGUCGCGACGACGACAUCGCACGCGCCAAAUAUGCCAGGGCUCAUCGCGGUCGGCGAGUUCGUCGACGAGACCAAGGAGGACUACAGCUCCCCGACCACCUCCACCUUCGUCUCGCGUAUGCCUCAGUGCAGGCAGACGAUCACAUCGCUGGAGGAAACAUUGGACUUUGACAGAGAUGGUCUUACGAAGCUGAAGAAGGCCAUAAAGGCUAUACACAAUUCGGGAAAUGCUCACGUAGACAACGAGGUGUACCUCGGUCGUGCACUGGAGAAACUUGGGGACGCGGCAUUGAAGGAACAGGAACCGGAUAUCGGCGCUGCCUUCCUUAAGUUCGCUGUUGUCACCAAGGAACUCAGCGCACUGAUGAAGACAUUGAUGCAGAAUAUCAACAAUAUCGUGAUGUUCCCUUUGGACUCGGUGCUGAAGGGUGACCUCAGAGGUGUCAAGGGGGACCUGAAACGCCCGUUCGAGAAAGCUUGGAAAGACUACGAGGCGAAAUACGCCAAGAUUGAGAAAGAGAAGAAGCAGCAUGCCAAAGAGGCCGGAUUUAUACGGAUCGAAGUGACGCCGGCGGAAAUCGCCGAUGAAAUGGAGAAGGAACGACGAAUGUUUCAACUUCAGAUGUGCGAGGUUCGAACUUUUUACUCUGGUCGGCUUAUUGUUAGACUUAUUUACCUCAUCAAAGUCAACGAGAUAAAAACUAAGAAAGGGAUCGAACUGCUUCAGCAUCUCGUAGAGUAUUAUCACGCUCAAACGAAUUACUUUCAAGACGGCCUGAAGACCAUAGAACAUUUCGGUUCAUACGUAGCGGAUCUCAGCGUUAAAUUACAGAAGAUCAGGCAGACUCAGGACGAGGAACGAAAACGAUUGACCGAGCUCAGGAGUUUACUGAGAAAUUCCGGCUGUGACAAAGAGAUGAACGUGAACGCGAGUGUCGGCUACUCGUUGCACCAGCUUCAAGGCGACAAGCAGCACGGCGUUACGCGGUCAGGUCACUUGCUGAAAAAGAGCGAGGGAAAGAUGCGUCGCGUAUGGCAGAAGCGUCGGUGCGCUGUGCAGGCAGAGGGUUUCCUCGACAUAUGUCAUGCAGAUGAAAACAAACCGCCAACUAGAGUCAACUUGCUAACGUGCCAAAUAAAACUUGUUCCCGACGACAAGCGGGGAUUUGAUCUGAUAAGCUACAACCGGACGUAUCACUUCCAGGCUGAGGAUGAGGCAGAUCAGCGUGCCUGGAUGUCGGUGUUGGUGAACUGCAAAGAACGAGCCUUGCUCAGGGCUUUUGACGCUAGCGGCAAAGCUGAGGCGGGCCAGGGAAAUCCCAGCCUGGUCGAACUUCAACAGGCCGUUAUUAGAUGCGUCACUCGGCUACCAGGGAACGACCAUUGCUGCGAUUGUUCCUCUCAGAACGAUGCUACGUGGUUGUCAACAAAUUUCGGGAUAAUCGUCUGCAUCGAAUGUAGCGGUAUUCACAGGGAUCUCGGUGUUCAUAUAUCGCGGAUACAAUCGUUGACUCUGGACAAUGUCGGGACGGCGCAGCUAUUGCUUGCACGUCACAUGACCAAUCAGUCGUUCAACGAAGUAAUGGAAGCCACGCUGCAUCACAAUCUGAAACCCACCCCAACCUCGACAAUGGAAGAGAGGUACGAAUUCAUACGCGCCAAGUAUGUCGAGAAGAGAUACGUUAUGAGCACAUGCGCCGACGAACGUGAUCUUCUGUCGGACUUGGAACAUGCAGUGAACAACAGGGACCUACAACAGUUACUACAAGUAUUUGCCGAAAACUUAGAUCUAUCGGCGCCGCUUCCUACUUCGGAUAUCGGUGAGACGGCACUCCACCUGGCGAUACUGCGCGAAAUGGGAAACAGCCUGCACCUGGUCGAUUUUCUCGUUCAAAAUAUGCACGCCGGCAGCAUCGACAGAACUACAACCGAGGGUGAAUCGGCACUCCAUCUAUCCGCAAGGCACGACAGAGCCGAGGCGAUGAAGCUCCUCCUCAGGGCCGGAGCCGAUCCAAUGCUGAGGAACAAGCAAGAAAAGACACCGCUUGAUAUUGCACAGGAAAUGGGGCAUCACACAUGUAAAGAACUGCUCAGCCAUGCUCUUCAGAGGCAGAAAACGUUGUUUGAUAAUGUGAAUAUAGACUGGAACUUGUCGCAUGACGAAGGCUCGACCGAUUUUUCUGACGAUGAUACGAUCAUCGAAGACAGAAACGGAUGUUCGACACCAGAGAAGAAAUCGCGUAGCAGACCGCCGUCAUACGCCGGGGGUGGAAGUGGAGGACCAGGAGAUUCACCCCAGACCUUGCGAAGUCGAAGCAGUACAUGCGGAAGUCUGCAGGGUGGUUCGUCGCCUAGUUCGUCGAAUAGGCAACAAAUGCCACCGCCACCACCACCGCAGAGUCGGAAACCCCUCGUCACCGUUACGUCUUCUGCAAUCGCAUCGUCGGACAUCGGGAUUGUAGCUGCAGGCAACGUUCACGGGUCAUUGAAGAAACGCGUCGCGCCUCCUCCGCCCGCGGCGUUGAUUGGGACAGCCGGCUCGAAUCUCGUACCUUCCCACUACGGCACCCUACCGUCUUCCGGAACUUCGACUUCCUCCCACAGUCGGACAACCAGCGAGCCGAUUCUGGCCGGUCACACGCUCCAUACUCUGCCGAGUUCGUUGAAUGCCCUGAACACCCAACACCACCUGCACCACAAGCGGUCCCCCAGUGGCGACUCGUCCUCCUCUACGGCACACGGUGUAGAAAAGGUGUCUACGCUCCAGAGGCCGCGAAACCCGCCCCCGCCGGCACCAGGGCAAAAUGCUCAGCACACGACCAGACUGAGCAACGGACGGAGCAGCGAGUCCCUCACAUCCUUGUGUUCCGAACAUGCGCUGGGUAACCCUGUGCCACCACCGAGAAAGCGAAGGGAGCAGCGAUCUGGAAUAGAGAGGCGUACCGAGGAGUCUUCUUCUUCUUCUUCCUCAUCUUUGCUCUCGAAUAUCACGAUCAAUCUCAAUCCGCCGUAUCUGUUUUAUUCCCUGCAGCCGACGUCGCCUGGGGGAGGAUCCGGAACUGGUGGUUCAGUUUCCAUGGGUGGACUUCGGCGGUGUCGCGCUCUCUACGACUGCGAAGCGGACAACGAAGACGAGCUCUCAUUUCGCGAGGGCGAAGUAAUCGUUGUGACCAACGAGCACACCGACGACGACAACUGGAUGGAGGGUGCUCUCGAGCGGCAACCGGACAGACGAGGCAUGUUUCCUAUAAGCUUUGUCCACAUGCUGCAGGAAUAACAUUCGGCGAGCCUUGGUUCCUUGGCUUCAAUCGUCUCUAGUGAUGACGUCGCCUGUCACGAAUCCGACUUGGUUCGACUACACGGCCGUAGCAGUUGUUCCGGAAAAACUCGCUCAUCGUCGAUGAGCCUCACGCGUCAUCGCGCAAGAAGAUCCGAGGAUGGCCGCACCAUCCCUGGCAGAUCGAACAUUCAUUAGAGACGGAACUUUCUUCCUCUCUCCGCUAUGAUGUACUCCAAAGGUACAUCCAGAGAUGGAGUGAAGAAAAUGAAGGAUAGGGUGGAACAGAGGAAACGGUAUCAUGAAUUUCAUAUGAAGAAAUUCAGGGAAAGGGAGGAACGUUGAUGCAAAGCGUUACUUAAGUAUUUAUCGUGUUCCUACUCGUGAACAAUUAAUUAUAACGACAAACACCACCACGCAUGACACUAAAAAAAGUAUUCUGUACAUACACAUAUAUCGGUCACAAAUCGUCACAAUGUGAAUAUUAUAAUCGAGUUUAUUUUUUAUGCCAUACUAAUUUUAAUCAAUAACGUAAAUGUCACCCGAUAUUUAACCUGCGGCACCUGUGCAUCGUGGGUACGUCGUCUCGUAUUAUUUGAAGAAAUUGAACGUACGAAAAUUAAUUGGAGAGAUUUAAUAUAUCUUCAUGUAUAUUCGGUAAGAUGUUUAAAUUCUUCCAAAUUUGUGCGUAGAGUGAAAAUAUAUUAUAGUAGAGGUAGGGGUGUGACAGUGAUGCGAGGAACGUACAGAAGAACGAAUUACAAUAAUAUGUAGUAAGGUUAUUCGAAAUUAGCAACUUUACAUUUCGAUACCUCGAGACCAAAGAACAAUUUAUUAAAUUAAAUUAAUGAUUCAAGAAAACCGAGCCAAUGCGAAGCGAUGUAUCGGCGUAUUUAUAUAAUAUUAUUGUAUCGCUUCGUGGUUACUUCUACCUUUGAUGCUCCUGAUAUUUUUACAUUUCUCACGUCGCAACGGUUUCUUUUUCCUCUUCAUUACUAUUAUUUUUAUUAUUGAUUACCGCAACGUGACGGGUAUUGGGAAUUCGAUCGAAAUGUAAACACCCCGGCCGUUCGGUCCGUAUGCACUCAACGGUACAUCCAUAGAUCAGUAUUGCAAGUCUUGUAUAAAUAUAAUAACAUAUUUCAUUAAUUGUAAGUGUAUAAUAGAUAUGUACGAUUUUACACUCACCUGUUGUUACGUGAAUGUUUGGGAUUUAUUGGGUAUCGAUUUGCGAGUCGGAAAAUGAAUCUCAAACAUCCGAGUGCGGAAAACGGCGCACACUUCCUGCGAAGACCUGUGUUGUUACACCUGCCCAUACAUAGUCUCGAUGUGUGUAAAUAGAAAUCGAUGUUUUUAUCAAUCUGUAUAUCUAUAUGUACACACAUAUAUAUAGAUAUACAUACACAUGGUACGUAUGUGCAUAAUGUAUACAUAUAAUAUCUAUUCGAAGUAAUGACGUAACGAUAUAUAUAAUAUGUAUAUCACGGAAGUAUAUUAGGAUCAUGAAUGUUGUAUUCUUUGUAUUUUAAUCACAACCGUAUGUACAAUAUAUCAGAAAUUUGGAUAUAUACAUACAUACAUUACUGUAUACAUGUGCAGUACAUAAAAUUAGGUACUAACUUUAAGUAAAUUAUUAUCUAGACAGAUAGGGAAUACGUAGUAUGUAUUGCAUUACUCAACCGAAAACCGACGGACGGUAAUACAUGAUUGUGUGAGAAUAACAAUCGGAGAUUUUGUAUAAAAAUCAAAUGGCCCUCUAAAGUCUCAUAAGUCAUACAUAGCAUAGCCACAGAUAUGCACGAUACGUAACGUAGUGAACCAAGUGAAUUCACCCGUACAAAUAGCUUGCGUGCCAAGAUUCUACAAAUUGUCGUGUGACUUGCUCGGUCUCAAAUUUUUGAAUCAUUUUCAACUAUCAGUGUUUGUAAUGCUAUAUCUAACAUAAAAAAGAAAUCUUGCGAAUUUCUACAACUUAAAUUCAACUUACGAAAGAUCGUAUUAUGGAAGAUUAAAUUGCCGAUCGAAUUGUGCACAAAGUUUUGUUGAGAAAAGACGUAAAACAAAAACCCACGAACAAACACCAUUUGAAGAGUUGAUAUUAUAAUACAAUAAUGUAAAGCGUUAUUCGUGUAAAUAAUAUACAUAUGAAUAUAUAUAUAAUAAAUGCCGUUCGGACAUCCAGUAGUA